AAGCAUCAUCAACAUCACCACCAGCAGCACCAUCAGCAGCAGCAGCAGCAGCAGCAGCAGCAACAGCCACCCCCACCAAUACCUGCAAAUGGACAGCAGGCCAGCAGCCAGAAUGAAGGCUUGACUAUUGACCUGAAGAAUUUUAGGAAACCAGGAGAGAAGACCUUUACCCAACGUAGCCGUCUCUUUGUGGGUAAUCUUCCCCCUGACAUCACUGAGGAGGAAAUGAGAAAACUUUUUGAGAAAUAUGGGAAAGCAGGCGAAGUUUUCAUUCAUAAGGAUAAAGGCUUUGGCUUUAUUCGCUUGGAAACACGAACCCUAGCGGAAAUUGCCAAAGUGGAGCUGGACAAUAUGCCACUCCGUGGAAAGCAUUCUUUACCCAGAUUUCCUCGGCCUGUGACUGUGGAGCCUAUGGACCAAUUAGAUGAUGAAGAGGGACUUCCAGAGAAGCUGGUUAUAAAAAACCAGCAAUUUCACAAGGAGAGAGAACAGCCACCCAGAUUUGCACAACCUGGGUCCUUUGAGUAUGAGUAUGCCAUGCGCUGGAAGGCACUCAUUGAGAUGGAGAAGCAACAGCAGGAUCAAGUGGACCGGAACAUCAAGGAGGCUCGUGAGAAGCUGGAGAUGGAGAUGGAGGCAGCACGCCAUGAGCACCAGGUUAUGCUAAUGAGGCAGGAUUUGAUGAGACGUCAAGAAGAGCUUCGGAGAAUGGAAGAGCUGCAUAACCAAGAGGUUCAGAAACGAAAGCAGUUAGAACUUAGGCAGGAAGAGGAACGCCGGCGCCGUGAGGAAGAGAUGCGGCGACAACAAGAAGAAAUGAUGCGACGACAGCAGGAAGGAUUCAAGGGAACCUUCCCUGAUGCGGUAUAUCUCCCAUGUGCCUAUGAUGUGAGAGAACAAGAGAUCCGGAUGGGCCAAAUGGCUAUGGGAGGUGCUAUGGGCAUAAACAAUAGAGGCGCCAUGCCCCCUGCUCCUGUGCCACCUGGUACUCCAGCUCCUCCAGGACCUGCCACUAUGAUGCCAGAUGGGACCCUUGGAUUGACCCCACCAACAACCGAACGUUUUGGCCAAGCUGCUACAAUGGAAGGAAUUGGAGCAAUUGCCAGACUCCUUGAAAUACCCUUUGAGUAA